AUGCCAACUGGUUCAGGCGUCAAAAUUUAUAUCGGCAACCUUUCGGAAAGAGCCAGACCGGAAGAAAUCAAAGAUCAUUUUACGAAGUAUGGUAACGUAAUGAAUAUGGAACUAAAAGGAAACUAUGGAUUUAUAGAAGCUAUCACUCAUCUACAUGGAUCCGAUUUUCAAGGAUCUCAACUUCGUGUUGAAUUUGCUCACGCCGAAAGAAAUAAUGGAAAUUUUCCCAAAUAUAGAGAAGGAGGAAAAUCUAGCGAUACAUGUUUCAAAUGCGGUCAUGUCGGUCAUUGGGCACGAGAAUGUACUAGUAACACUCGAGAAUUUGUUUCUCGCAAACCUGGUGGUGGUCGAUACGAAGAUAGGCGUACUACAGACAGCUAUGUUAGGGAACCUUACAAUGGUAGAGGAGACAAUAGAGAAAAAUACGAUAGAGAUGAAAGAUUUCCCCCUUCAACUCCUUUAGAACGUGGUGGUGGUUAUGAACGUCCUUAUGAAAAUCGCUAUGGUAGAGAGCCUGCUGAGUUGGAAUAUAGAAGAGAUUUUCGUGGAACUUAUGAUAGACCAUAUGAUAGAGAAAGAGAUAGGACUUACGAUAGAAACUAUCCUGAUCGUGAGUAUGAGCGGUAUAGAGAUAAUUACGAUCGAAAUUACUAUCCUCCUCAAAGAGAUGGUGGUUAUGAACGGGAAGGUUAUGACCGUAGACCAUUGCCAUUACCAGAUGUUGCCCCAUAUUCUGCCGCUAGAGGUAGAACAGGCUCUCCCCCACUUCCACGUCGUGGUAGUUAUGAUAGAGGAAUAAGGGAACAACCAUUGCCUUCUACUACUUAUCGUGGUCGCUCCCCUCCUGCCACUCGUUAUCCAGACCCAUUAGUUGGUGGGCCACAUACAAUGAGACCAUUAUCUCCACGUCCUAACGUUUACAGAAAUAAAUUUGUGUUAAAUCAAAGACGUCGUUCUAUGAGCCCUUUGAGAAACAACAGAGUUCCUAUUUCAUAUUCUGGACGACAAAGGUCACCUAGUCCCAUAAGUACUAAUAGACCGAUGCAAUCUCGGCGAGGACCAAAAACUCCAUCUCCACGCUAA